UGUUAUGUAUGGAGUAUCUUGUUCGCUAUAUCAACUGUUGAGGUAUUUUAUGUUUUUGUGUACUUGGAGAGAACUGACUUCCUAUCAUUGUUUUCAACAGUUUUUGCAAAUUAUAUGAAGGAAAUGUGUGCAAAGCUUGUCAGAAAGUCUGAGUCAUUUAAUACAAGUUUUGAAGGAAAUUAAAAUUCUUCAAGCAGCAAGUUCUCGAUGUAAGUAGAGGGAGAGUGGUACAUGCAGCAUUUCAAAUCUCAUGACCUCCUGGCCCAGGGAUAUCCUUAUGAUCUUGAAGUACUCUUUGCGCCAGGCUUUGGUGAGGAGGCUCAGGUAUAAUGACAACACAAGAUUUCAUACAGUAUGUUUGAGUUGUGUGAUAAUGUUUGUAGACUGGUUCAUCAGGUGUGCAAGUACAACAAUCUCACUGAGCCAGGUGUCAUGUCUGGAAUAUUUAACUUAAUUUACUUUUGAUAGUGUGUGUUUGGGCAUUCCAUUUGGAUAUAUGGUUUGUGGAAUUAAUUUGUGGAAUGACUAAGUUUGUCCUGUUAAAUGGACCUGGGGUGUAAGUUCAGAGCUGGUCUUUCGCUUACCAGAUGUAAAUCUAGGGAGAUGUUUGUCUGUGCCAACAAAGACAUAGAUUUGUGGUGUUCAGAGGUAUGACAUUUUAUCCUCUUUGAUGCAAAGCAAGGUAGUGUUUCACUAAGAGUAAAGAAUUGGACAGGAAUCGCAAAUACAUUAUAAAUUGAGAACUAUUAACAUUAAAAGUAAUGUGCUUUGACGGCGAGUUGACGUCUCCAGUGAUACUAUCAUACUGUGCAAGACAAGAUAACAUAGUUUCACUCAUGGGCAUCAGUUGUCAGGGGGUGUUCUGAAGUACUCAGCUUCAGUUGUCUCAUGUAGCCUAACAUGAAGUUCCCGGGAAAUGUAUUUUUAUGAAGGUACUUAUGGAAGUGAUCGACAAAAUUGACCGCAGUGGUUUAAAUUGUAAUGAUUGGAUAAUAGUACCAAUUGAACGACCAUUUGAAUAUGCAGGCAUUUUUACAUAAAUUUAUUUAGAGAAUAUUCCUGGUAUAACUGAGGUUCUUGCAGCUUAGCCUUGCAUAUGUUUGCAUCAUUUUAAUUUAAGCACUGUAUGUAGCUUUGUUGUUUUUGUGUAUAAGAACAUAAUUACCACUACUUACUGGGUCACGCAGAAAAUUACGCUUUGGAUUUGCUCUGGUUUUCCAACGAUAUGACCCCAUAAAACCCCAUUGAUUUGGCAUGUUUCCAAGGAGGACUUUCUUGUUACUGGGUCACCAGUAUUUUCGUCAAACAUGUAAACAGCAUAGAUAUCAAACAUAUAUUUGUGCUUAGAAAGGCUAUCUGUUUAUUUUACAGGGUUAAUCUCAAGAGCAAAUAUUCAAAUAUCCCCGUAUUGAUCAGCACUAUAUAUAGGCCAUAUUGUAAAGGAUCGCGACCUUGAGCUUUUCACUGAACCUCUUCAGGUUGUGUAAACGACAUUUGAUCUGAUCUGUUGAGUGCAUGGACAAUCAAGAUGGCCUCGGUGCACGAAAAAAUACGUUUCUCAACUUGGAUGGCAGAUCUUCCUCCACACAUCACAAACGUACCACUGAAUAGUCUGGCUAUCCCAGGAAGCCAUGAUUCAUUUUCUUUCGACCUUGACAUACGAGAAGGUGUUGCCUGUGAUGAAUCUGGUGCUGUGAAGAUGGUGGGAGAGUGCUGUUGUGGGGCGGGCAGUAAACUUGUAAAAAGAUGGGCCGUCACACAAAGACUAAAUUUUGCUCAACAACUGGAAAGCGGCGUUCGUUACUUUGAUCUCAGAGUAGCCAUGAAACCUGGCACCAUCGACUUUUAUUUCGUUCACGGCCUCUAUGGCCCCAAAGUAAUAGACGGUAUGAAAGAUAUUCGAAAAUACCUGAUUAACCACAGCAAGGAAGUGAUCAUUCUAGACUUCAAUCAUUUCUACAACAUGAAUGAAGUGGCUCAUUUGCAGUUGUUACACAUGCUAAAGGACAUAUUUCAAGAAACAAUGAUUGUGCCUUACGAUGAAUUUGAGGCGGGAAGGGCCACCUUACAAAGUCUUUGGCAAACGUCAAGAAGAGUGUAUAUCUUCUAUCACAAUGACGCCAUCAAGGGCAUUGGCGGAUUUUGGCCGGCCUUCAAGAUGCCGUCACCUUGGCCAAACACAAACAAGAUUCACGAACUAAUUCAGUUUCAUGAUACGAUUUACCACAACGCUAGACGUGGACCUGACGCAUGUUUUUACGUGUGGCAAUGUGUGGUGACGCCAAGAAUCGGUGACAUCGUCCGUCAUCUUUGCGGGGGUUCUUUGGAGAAAUCUAUGCAUGCAGACGUCUGUCGACAAAUUAUUGGCUGGCUGAAAGGGAAAGUUGCAGGUCCAACCGCCCUCAAUAUAUGUUUGGGAAAUUUUGUCGAGACAAAUGACUUCAUUGCCACGGUGGUCGAUAUAAACUAUGAAACAUUCAGACCGCUUGGAAAUUGAGGCAUGAUCGCGCGCAGCUGAUACCAGUAUGUUAGUUGUAGUAGUCACAUUCCAUUGUUACCUUUGUCAAGAAGUUACAGGCGUAUCUAUCCCUUGCAUAGACAUUAUACCAUCUACAGUCGAUGAUUGCUCAUAUCAGAAACCCAUGUAGUUAAGAGUUGUUAGAGCCACAUGUUAUUUGCUGCACGGCAUGUAUAUACCUCUGUCAAGGUGUGAAAGUCGUAUCUGAACGCGCAUGGACGUUAUGUACCAUGUAAUCACAGAACACUGCAAGACUAGUUUUCCUUCAGGUGUUUUUAUUGAUAUCGUUAUCAUAUCUAAGCUAUAAAGAAACUUCUGAAGUGGCCUAAUGACUGCUAAAACAUGAAGUAAAUAAAAUACGUGUCAUUACUACGAUGUGUGUGUUAACACACCUUUGAUAAAGCUUAUUGGAUAAACCAAAACUGAACUGGCGUGGAGGUCCUCUCCAUAUACGGUGGCUCACAUUCGACAUUUUGUUACUUCGCUAUAUAUACCAUGUAGUACUUCGGGUAAUUAGAACAAGGAGGAGAGGUUAUAGAUUUGAACCAUGCCAGUCUACCCGUGAGUCCCUCUUGACGCAUGCAGAGUUUCUGGGAUUUCAUCCCAAGUUUGAGUUGUGGGGUAUUUCGCCACCUUUUGAACUAAAUUAUAUUUCUUGUCUUUUUUUCAUAACCGUUCGUUAUUGUGAACUAAAACUUUGUACAGGGUUCGCCAGGAUCUGUUACACAUCAAGUUCGUAGUUCCACCGCCGUUGCGUUCAGUUUCGAUUAACUACUCCUUUUAUUAUAGACGUUGACAUAAGGUAUAGCUAUGAUACUCUGACGGUUGAAACCAAUAGCAACAUG